AUGCGAACUCGAUCGAGUCGGUCUACAGAGGACUUGGUCGAGCUAGACUUUACAACGGGUAGAAAGAGGGUUCAGAGGUCACAGAGGGUACAAGAGGAACCUGAGGUGCUUGUUGCUGAUACAAUGGACGUACCAGAGGGGAAUGGAAACCCUUUGGGCAAUGGACUCGGUCGAGCUAGGCAAACUCGACCGAUUGGUCAAGGAGAUGCUCCAAACCGCCACCAACAGAGACAAGGGAUUGUUCCACCACCAGUGCAGAACCACAACUUUGAGAUCAAGCUGGGAAUGAUCAACCUUGUUCAGAACAAGAUGUUCCAUGGAUUGCCAAGUGAAGACCCCAUUGACCACCUUGAUGAGUUUGAUAGGCUUUGUGAUUUGACAAAGAUCAAUGGUGUCUCUGAAGAUGCCAUCAAGCUGAGACUCUUUCCUAUGUCUCUAGCUGACAAAGCUCACCAAUGGGAGAAGAGCUUGCCCCAUGGCACAAUCACCACUUGGGAUGAAUGCAAGAAGGCCUUUCUUGCUAAGUUUUUCUCCACCGGUCGCACAGCCAAGCUUAGAGGAGAGAUAUCAGCUUCAUCCAGCGAAACAAUGAGACAUUCGCAGAGGCUUGGGAGAGGUUCAAAGGCUACACAAGAUGUAGAUGAUGGCUGGCAACUUGUGGAGAACAUAGCCAACUCAAAUGGAAGCUAUGGAGAAGAGUAUGAUCGCACCAAUCGGAGCUCGACCCACCACUCGAUCGAGUCAGACGAAAAGUUGAGAAAAGAUGUUAAGGCAUUGAAUGAGAAGUUGGAUAAGCUGAUCUUAGCUCAGUCCACAAUGAAGAAAGUCAACUUUGUGUCUGCUGAAGAGAUGGAACCAGUCCAAGAAGGGGAGGAUACACAAUUUGCUGAGGUGUGCUACAUGAGCAAUGGGCAAGGAGGCUACAACAAAGGAUACUAUAAUUACAAGUCCAACCCUGCCAUGUCAUACCGCAACACUGAUGUUGCUAACCCUCAGGACCAAGUAUAUCCUCAACAACAAGCAGCUCGAUCGAGUCAAGGACCACAACAUGGGUAUGGGCAAGCUGAUGGGGUAGUGGACACAAGCAAGAAGCUAGCUGAAAUAAACUCCAAGAUCGAGAAUCUCAACACAAGGGUUUACUCUCUGGAGAAUCAUGCUUCUUCUGUUGCUGCUGCUACAAAGCAAGGACAACUACCUGGUAAAGCUAUUCAGAACCCCAAGGAACAGUGCAAGGUCAUCUUCACUCAAGAAGGACUUGUUGAAGAAGAGGAUCAAGAGAGGGUCAUUGAAGAUUUUUGUUUACUGCUGAAUGAUGAUGAGAUUGUUGCUGCUGAGGCUCCUGGAGUCCAGAUUGAUCAACCAGAAGUGCAGGCACCUACUGUGGCCCUUCACACUUCACCAGUUGAGCUUGCACAACAAGCUCGAUCAGCAGCUCGAUCGAGUCGAACUCUACCUCGAUCGAGUCCGACAUCUUCUGUCCCAAAACCAAUUCUGCUUGAUCCCUACCAACCGGUUGCCACUUCCUCAUCUCGCCUACUUAGUCAAGGGCACAAGGAAGUACUCCCUCCGUUUCAAAUUAGUUGUCGUUUUGGCAAAAUGUAUCUGCAAAUAUUUUGA